UACCACACUCUCAAAAGGGAAAUAGAAGGUUAAGCCUCCUUUGCUGAUUGAGCUUUAGAUUGUAAGUCUCUGCAAUACAAAAUCCAUUUUAUAAGAAAACAGCCAUUUUUAUAUCUCUUUUAUAUAUAUACUUCCAACUUGCUGCAACUUCAUCUUCUUAACAUCUCAAGCAAUCCUCUCAGUAUCAUCUUCAUCAUCAUCAAAUUCAUUUCCCUCUUUAACCCUCCCUCCAUAGAGAGAGAUAGAGAGAGAUGGAGCUCUCUCAGAAUGAUUUCAUGGAAGAAUUACUUGAAGUUCCAAGAAGAGACAGUAGCUGGGCAAAUUUCCCAACUUCUGGGGCUAAUGAGUUUUUCUCUAGUGGAUGGAACUUUGAUUCUUUUGAUGACAAUCCUUCAUUUCUGGGAUUCUCCACUACUCCAGCAGAAUCCACCUUUGACUGCCAUUUCACUAACCAAACAUACCCUUUUGCUGAUGGCUUCACUGUCUAUUCAGAGAUUGACACCUCAUUUCCACCCCAACAUCAAGAGUGCCCAUCAAUGGCUGAUGAAGAAGAUCUUGGUCUUCUUGCAACUCACUCUAGCAGCAAACUUGAGAUGGAACAAGCAGCUGCAAAUAAUGCUCAGGUUUUUACUAUGGGUUUGGGUGCAGAGAUGAAGAACAAGUCCAGAAAGUUAGAAGGGCAGCCAUCAAAGAAUCUAAUGGCAGAAAGAAGGAGAAGGAAACGCUUGAAUGAUCGCCUUUCCAUGCUAAGAUCAAUAGUACCUAAGAUCAGCAAGAUGGAUAGAACUUCAAUACUUGGAGAUACCAUAGAUUAUGUGAAGGAACUUCUUGAAAGGAUCAAUAAGUUGCAAGAAGAAGAAGAAGAUGAUGAAGAAGAAGAUGAAGAGGGUAGUAAUAAAAUGCACUUCUUCAAGGAUCUUAAGCCAAAUGAAGUGCUUGUGAGAAAUUCUCCCCAGUUCAAUGUGGAGAGGGGAGACACCAAUGCAAGGAUCAAUAUCUGCUGUUCAGCAAAGCCAGGGCUGCUGCUGUCAACAGUGAACACAUUGGAAGCACUAGGCCUUGAGAUUCAACAGUGUGUUAUAAGUUGCUUCAAUGAUUUUUCCUUGCAAGCAUCUUGUUCAGAGGCUGCUGAACAGAGAAAGCAAACAGGUCCUGAAGAUAUAAAGCAGGCAUUGUUCAGAAAUGCUGGUUAUGGAGGGAGGUGUCUUUAGAAGGAAUUUGAUCUACAAGGAAUUUAAUUUGCAAGUGAGAAUUUGUAAUAAAUGCUUUUUAAUAAUUGUAUUUUAUUUAUAAUCUCCUUCUCACAACUGGGCUUAUGAUGAAAGGCAUUAACUUAUAUAUGGGGAAUUUGUUCCUCUAACAGAAACCCCUUCAAUGUAUGAUUUGGAAAUAGAUAAAAGAGUGUAUUGAUUUAUGUAAA